UUCGCAGCGCGCGCGUUCGCAUCGGAAAAUCAGAAAAGCUGGCGAGCAUUUAAAAACAAAUUCGGCAGGUACAAUUGUUAGUUUACCCCCUCCGCCACCCCCCAUCGCAGACGACUAUUGCGUCUGCAAAAAUCCGUCGUAAUUAACCGUUUAUCGUUGUUUCGUUACGUUCGCUAAUUUGUUAUUUAUUAAAAAACAAGAAAAUUGAAAGAAUACUUGUUACGCAUCUUGAGGAAAAAUCUAACAAAUGCAGAGCAGUGAAAAUCAAAACAAAUAAAAUGUUGGCUGCUUUUCGUGUUUUUUUCGCGUACGUGUGUUUCUGUGUGGUUGAGUGCAGCAAAAAUAAAUAAAAACCUAAGAGCAACAAAUAAAUAAAUAGAAAACAAAAGCAAAAUCAAAUUCAAAUUCAAAGGCAAGAUACUUGCAAAGCCUUGCCAAUCCAAAAGGUGUAAAUAAUUGAGGCCCAAAACUUGGCCCUUAUGCUUAUCGAAGCUUAGCCUUAGUGACUUUGUUUGAUUAACAGCAACAUGACACUUUCGGCGACAAUGUGCCGAGGCAAUUACAAUAAAUUGCAUCUGUUGUCACAACAGAAUCUCAAUUUGCAAUCUCUGAUCACUAAGCAUGUAAUUACUUAUAACCAGUAAUUAUUAAUCAACUAAGAAGUUUCACCAGAAUCCAACAUAUUUAACAAAAUGGCAGCUGCCGUCUUGGAGAUUAAUGAAAGCAAAUUGGAGUUGGUUUGCGAUGAGUGCGACUUCUAUGGGUCAACGGAGACGAUAUUUAUCGAUAACAGUACCCAAACCGAUAACUAUGAGGAUGAUGAAUCGGAGCUAAAGCCCCUGAAACCCAGAUUGAGUCAAAUUAUUGAAGAGGAAUUGGAAAUGGAGGGAGGCAUCAAAGAGGAAGAGGAAAUGCAGGUAGAAACAAAUGGUAUACGAAUCGAUAACGAUAGCAACAAUGAUGGUGAUGGGAAGGCCACGAUAAAUGGUGGAGAAUCAAAAGAAGCUGACGAUGAUGUCUUUGAAGAAGCCCCAAUCGAAGAGAAGAUACCAGUGGAGUCCGAUGAUGAAGAGGAGAUCGACGAUGUGGCCAGACUUACGGGCCUAGCUUUCGGUAUGGGCUAUGCCCGGAUCAUAGACUACGAUAACUUGCGCAUUAUCGAACACGUUAUCGAAAGCGACGAUGAGGACGAGAACGAUGAGGCGGCAGCUGGUACAGCAGCAACAUCGGCGGAAUUGCAGCAGGCCUGCCAGGAUUUGGUGACUUUCAUCGGUGAAAGCUAUCAGGUAAUCGAAAGGUCAGGUCAUAAUCGUGAACCGCCGGCCCUUUUGUCGGUGGUGGAUAACAACAAUAACAAUCGAAGCAGUGAAUCAACAACAAGUGGUCGUGGCCCCAUCAAUGAAAGGCCAAAGGCCGGCCGGAAGGUGCAAAACGGACAGCAGGCAAAUCAAAAGCCAUCAACCAGUGCAUCUGCAACUAGCAACAGCAGCAGCAACAGCAACGCCAGCAACAUCACAUCAGCAACAUCCACGAGCAGUGCUUUGAUAAAGGCUUACAAAUCGAAUCUUACCCCAUUGGCGCCACCCUUUCAGCCCGCUGCCUUGAAGGCCAAGCAGCUGCAACAAUCGUCGCUGGCCAGCGGCAACAUGUCGUCAGUUACGACGACAACAACCACGGCUUUGGGUUAUGCCGCCUACGAGCAGACUACUGUCUAUUAUCAGCAGCAAAUUCAGCAGCAGCAGCAGCAGCAGCAGCCACAGCAGCAGCAACACACACAGCAGCAACAGUUGUCGCCCAAGCAGCAGCAGCAGCAACAUCAGCAACACUGUGCUCACCAUGGCGGCUUGCCGCAUAUUCAUGGCGCCCAACUGCUGCCCGUGCAGUUAAUCACCUUGCAACCGAAUGGAGUAACAGCAGCAGCAACAGCAGCCGUUGCAGCUGCAGCGGCAGCAGCAGGAGCCACUGUGACAGCGGCAACUCCCGCAGCAACAUCAGCGGGUGGUGCCGCAGCAACAUCUUUGACUGGCGCCGCUUGGCCACUUGUGGAGGCGCCAAUUUACAUCGACAUCAAUGGCGAAUAUCGCAGCUAUUGCCCGGCACAUGGACCGCCGGCGGUGACAGCCCCAAAUGGCGCCAUUGCCCAUCAUCCCCACAUCCACACUCAUGCCCAUCCGCAUUCACAGCCCCAUUCGCAUGGCCUUCCCCAUACCCAUACCCAUCCGCAUCACGCACAGCAGCAACAGCAACAGCAACAGCAGCAGCAGCAGCAGCUUCAUCAUCACCAUCAGCAACAUGGGCAGCAUCAGCCACAUUUAACGCCGUCGGCAGUGACAAAUGUUAAUGGAAGCAUUGCACAGGCAGCAGCAGCAGCAGCAGCAGCGCCUAGAUUGCUGCUGCAACUGGACGCAGCCACUGUUCAGCAGCAACAGCAACAGCAGCAGCAACAGCAGCAACAGCAACAGCAACAAAUCGUGGCCGCUGGCAAGCGCAGCAAAGUUUAUCGAGGUCCCGCCGUUCAGAUGGUCUCCCAGAACCGACCUCCUCCCCCGAUGCCGGUGCCCGUCCAGGUGCCCCAGUACGUCAACGAGAACGGCACGCUGACCCACGUGAUGCUCUCGCCGCAGCAGUACCAGCAGCUCCAUCCUGGCCAGGGGCACCUCCAUCCAGCGCCAUUCAUAAGCGCGAAUGGCACUUCGCAUUUCUACACCCCGGUGGCGGGCUAUCCCGGCCCAGGACCUGCGGCCAAUGGGCCACCACACUUCCAUUUGCCGCCACCACCGCCACCCCAGCAGCAGGCGCCCCAAGGAGCACCUCCUCCACAACAGCAGCAGCAGCAGCAGGUGGCCCAGACCUCGGUGCAAGGAGCACCAUCUGCAGUAGCCACUGGCGGAGUGACGGGAGCCCAAGGCGUGGGAGCAUCGGCACCAGCCACUGGGCAGGCCACCCACUCGCACGCCCACUCACACGCCCACUUGCACACACACCCCCAGCCACUCCCACAUUCCCCGCACUCGCCCUCGCCGCCCAACUACCGGGAUGAGCGCAGCCAGCGGCAGCACAACAAGCUGCUCCGGAAGCUGGAGAAGCAGCGGGAGUCCAAUCCCCCGCACUCGCCAUCUCCGCGCCGUGCCAACGAACUGAACGGUCACAACAACAACAACAUUCCUCCGGGCGUCACCCUGCCCGGCCACCUCAGCAGUCACCACGUCGUGGUGAGCCACCAAGGACGUCGCCUGCCCCAGCAGCAGCAACAGGUGCAGAGCCACCAGGUGGCACAGCAGCAGGCCAGGAACGGCAAUGCCCAGCAUCAGCCGCAGAGAACCGGCAGCAGUGUGGGCGGCGCCAGUUCCGUGGGCACCUCCGAGGAUGGCGAGGACAACUCCAGUCUGGCCGGCGAUGACGAGGAGGGGUAUCACCGGGAGAACAGCAUCUUAGAGCAAAUCUCGGCCAUUGAGAAGCCAGAGGUUAUUGACGUUACAGCGCGGGCAGCCAAGAUCAUUUGGGAGAGUCCAGCCAUAGCGGACACCGUGACGGUGGACAUGCGACUGCUGCGUUACCAUGUGCUCCUCUGUGAUUCCGGCAAGCAGUGCAAGUACAAGAGCUUGUACCAGGGCGAGGCCUACGAGUGCAUUGUGCAGGAUCUGCAGCCGGGACAGGAUUACCUAGUGCGUCUGCAAGUGCACUACGAACAGUUGGUGGGAAACUUUAGCGAUCCCACGGAAUUCCGGACGCCAGCCUGUGAGCCCGACCCGCCGCCGCCUCCGAAACUGGUCUCUCGCAACAAGAGCUCCAUAAAUCUCCGUUGGACUGCUCCAGCAGCGAACGGCGCGAGCAUACAGCACUAUCUGCUGGAAUACGAUGAGGGCCGAACGACGGGCCAGCCGCAGAAGUUUGUCGAGCUGGCCAAGAUCAAGACCAAGCACUAUGUCAUCGGAAAAUUGCAGCCCACCACGGUCUACAGUUUCCGUUUGGCGGCGGUCAACGAGGCUGGUCAGAGUCCCUACUCCCCGGUGGCCAGCUACAGCACCUCCGGCAAUCCUCCGCCAGUGCCGCGACCUCCUCAGCUGCUGGCCAGCAGUUCCAGUUCCCUAAAACUCGGCUGGGAGCGGCGGGCCCAGGAUGGAGACUUCCUGCUGCAGCUGCAGGAUGCGGAAUCGGGGCAUGGCUACCUAAACACCUACAAGGGCACGGAGCUGCAAACGGAGUGCCUGCAACUGCGGCGCGCCAGCAGCUAUCAAUUCCGUCUGAGAUCCGAGAACGAGGCGGGCUUUUCGCCCUGGUCGCCGGAGGUUAGCUACCGCACCCUGGCGGAACGUCCUGGCAGACCUGGCAAACCGCAUGCCAAAGGAAAGAUCCAUGGCACUCAGUUCAAAGCUCGCUGGGAUGCACCCAGCGAUGCUGGUGGUGCCGAGAUCCUUCGCUACCACUUGGAGUUAAGUGCCGCGGGUCCGGCCUUCGAGAGAAUCUACAGUGGCGCCGAAACAGAGGCCGUGUGCGAGAGGCUCCAGCCGGGCACCACAUACGCUCUGCGAGCCUGCUGCGAAGGUCCCGCGGGUCAGAGUCCCUACUCCGACAUAGGACACGUCACCACGGAGGCGGUGCCGCCAUCUGCCCCGCCUCCACCGCACUGCAGUGAUCCUCCUUCGCCGUACGCCGCCCUCCUAAAGCUGCAGCACCCGGAGUACAAUGGCGGCGCACCCGUCCUGGAGUUCGAGGCGCAGAUGCGUCGCCUAGAGCAGGUGCAACCGCCGCAGGUGGUGUACCGCGGCAAGCAGGCCUACUUUGUGGCCCAGGAUCUGAUACCGGGUGGCAUGUACGAGACCCAGGUGAGGGCCAUCAACCGAGUUGGCGCCGGCAACUGGUCCCAGUGGAUGCGCUUCACGGCCGCAGCUGCUGCUCCCGGAGUUCCCGAAGAGCUGCGCGUGCUGGUCAAGUCAGCCACCCAUCUGGGUGUUAGUUGGCAGCCGCCGUUGCAGGAAAACGGAGCACCCGUGACCAGUUACACCCUGAAGAGUGCCAGCCAGGAGAGGAGCGAUGAGGACGCCGAGCAGGAGGCCAAGGAGCCGCCCAGCUCUGAGUUCCACAACUGCUACCAGGGACCGCAGACCUGCGCCGAGCUGAGGAACCUCUCACCCUACACACGCUACCAUUUCCGCAUCCAGGCCAGCAACUCGGCCGGCACUGGCACUUCCUCCGACGUGAUAAGCGUGUGCACCCCGGCCGCUGUGCCCGGAGCUCCGCAGAUGCAGGGCUACGAGUUCACUGCCCAGGAGGUGACCCUCAACUGGACGCAGCCGGCGGCCCAUGGCUCGCCCAUCUGCUCCUACAACAUCGAGUACGGGGAGAGGACCAUCGCCACUCCGGAUGCCUGUACAAGGUACACGGUCAGUGGUCUGAUGCCCGAAACCGGCUACAAGUUCCGCGUGCAAGCGGUGAACGCCAUUGGAGCCGGUGCCUUUAGUGCCUAUGCCAAGCUGACUACCCAGCCAGCUCCUCCGGCGCCACCUCGCCUGGAGUGCAGCGGUGCUGGGCACAACUACAUCAAGCUGAAGUGGGGCGAGAACGGAGCCAACGGCAAGGUGGCCAACUCAAAUCCGUCUGGAAAUGGCGGCGACUUUACCAAGUACUUUGUGGAGAUGUAUGUGGCCCGGGCGAAGCAGUUCCAGGCCGUCUACUCCGGCACCAAUUGCAUGUGCAAGGUGCACAAACUGCAGGAGCGGAGCAGCUACACCUUCCGGAUUUAUGCCCACACGGAUAGGGCUGGCGAUGGAGACUACUCGGAGGAGUUUGUCUUCGAGACCUCGGCCACUCUGCCGGCGAAUAUUAAGCCACCGCGAGUGGUCCAGGAGGGCAGCGUUUGCCUGAUGGAGCUGCCUGGCCAACUGGGCAUGCAACUCACGCUGGAGUGGCAGCACUCGAAGAACUCCUUCCAUGAUCGCGUGGAGUACGAGCUGCAGUACGCCGUUUUGGGCGCCGCCGAUCUGGAGGGUGAAUCUCUGUCGCCCAAGGGCCGCAGCAGCAGUUCCAGUGGCAGCUCGAGCGGAGCUCCAGUUAAUUUGCCCAACCAUGACUACAGGCAGUUGUACCGCGGCCCGGAGACCAAGUUCACCAUCGACAACCUGGCCGCCGGCACUUGCUACCAGUUCCGUGUGUGCCCCGUCCGGAUAGCGGCGGGCGGAGAGCUGCUCUACGGCCAGUCGUCGAGUCCUUUGCGCUACCAGGUGCCCAGUGAGCUGGAUCCCAGCUCGGCGACGUGCCACCACCACCUGCACGGCUCCACAGCGCCACCGGCAGUGGCCACCAGCCAGAGAAGCAGCCGGAAACUGUCCGCCGGCAAUGGUUCGACCAAUGGCCUCCACAUGCGAUCGGUGAGUGCGUCGGCCAUAAGUGGAGCGAGCGGCGUGGGGGCCGAUCCCGUGGCGAUUGGACGACUGCAGCAGGAGCUGUCCGGUUUCAAUACGUGCGCAGAUCCCCUGCAUCACCAUCAUCAUCACCACCACCACCACCAUCAGCCGUGCGGCGGUGGAGGUGGCGUCGUCAUCGGCGGCGGAGGCGGAGCCGGAGGAGCCGCGGACUCGCACCACCAGCAUCAGCACCACAUGCACCACUCGCAUCACAUGCACCACGCCCACCAUCCGCACACCGGCAUGGGCGUCAGCUCCUCGAGUUCCAGCUCCUCAACGGCGGCGGCCAUCUCCUCCAGCCUGGCCCAGUCGGGCGGCUUGAGGCGGAUCGUCGGUAAGCUAACGUCGCUGUACUCCAACCGGAGGCGUCUGAGUGACCAACAGAAGGCCGUCUGCAUUGUGGUCUCCUUCAUAGUGGGCACCUUUCUGGUCGCCAUGCUCGUCAACAUGCUGUGGGGCUAAGAAGACACAGGGUCUUUAAAACGAAAAGGGAAACACACAAAAACUGGCGCCCAGCGAGGGACAACAUAGGAAUUUGCAGGCAAAGCGACAUGCGGAAGUUAAAAAGAAAAAACAAAUAUGAAACACUUUAUGUCUCAAAGAAGUGAUUUAAACCAUUAGUUGUAAUUAUGUAUUUUUUAUAUAUAUACCGUAACGAAAUCAAACAAAAUCAAACUGUAUAUUGUCUAAUUUUAAACAAACCAGCAGAACAGGAAAUCAAAAAAAAAUCUAGCGAAAAGAAAAGGUAUAGGAAUGAGGAAAGAAUGAGAAGUGAGUGGAGAAGGCAGAGACAGAACCCCCAUUAUUGUAUUAAAUGUACACAAAACCGCAACGGCAUACAUUCACACAGCUAAAUGUUAUUAAUGGUAUUUACUUAUAAUAUUUGUUGUCACAAAAACCGAAAGUCUAAUCUCCAUAUGUGCUAUAAACAAAAGAGCGCCGAGCAGCCACCUAGGGGCUCUUCAGUACUUGUCAACAACCUGUUCCGAAAAAUGCUUCUCGAGCUGUUACUUUCCGUGUGGCCCCAAAAAGCACCUUGCAUUUGCCCCUUCCGGCGGGUUUGUAAUAUUCCUGUAAAAUACGCGUAGAACUAGCAUGUGUGCGAGAGCAAGAUUUUUUUACCAGGCCCAUUUUUUGUAAAGUGUAUUCCAACAUUACGAUUGUAGAUAGCUGGUCAACAAAUUGCACCAACUAAUGACACUCCUAAGUAGCUAAAAAGUAACCGAAUUGUGAGAAGGGGGGCGCAGCGCAAACUGAGGUCGGAUGGGCAAAUGCAUAACGAAUAAUUAAACGAAAAGUAUGAAUUUAUUAGACUACUAGCUACAAGUAUUCAGUGCUGUAUAAUUGUUUCCCCCGAUCGCUCCAAUCUACGCAGAUAUAUAAAUAUAUAUAUAUAUAUAUAUAUACAUACAAAAAACAUAGAUAUAUGUAAAACAGCGGACGCUUCUUUCAUUCUCACAAACCUUUUUAUACGAAUUAUUACACAAUUUAUUAUAAACAUAUUAUACGACAAGCAGAGAUCGAGGAAACCAAGGCAACCCCAGUUGGGGCUGCUAUAUCCGCUGGCAAUCCAACUGUUGCAUUUCACAACCAACCAACAAACCGACAGGAAACCAACUAAGCAAAUUCAACCCGACACUUUUCGUAGGCUGUCCCAUGUGGCUAUAGCAGCCCCCACUAGGCAAAGUGAUUUAUAUUCCAAUUAUUAUUAUUUUUCUAAUUAAAUAAAUUAAACUAAAUGUAA